AUGCCCGCAAAUAUCGUGUACCCUGUACCUGAGAGGCGUUACCGUCUCGUCCGCCCCAGGACGCUGGCCACCUGGAGGGCUGGCGAGGCGAGGCGAGGUGGAGUGCAUUUUUUCCGCCGCCGCCGACACCGCCAGGCAGGAAGGCAGGCUGUGUGCGUCUGCGUGCGUGCUCCUCCCUCACGGCCGCGAGCCUCACGCGCAUCCUUCCUCCUCCUCCUCGACCUCAUCCACCACCACCACCACCACCGCCGCCGCCGCCGCCAUCCUCCUGGCCUGCAUCGGAGCAGACCGUCGUCCUCGCACGCGAGGCCGCAUCGACACGGUCCACAAACCGCAUCCUCGCCGACGAAGACGUCUGCUCGUUCCGCCUCGUCCGCCGACGACCCUUCCGCUGGACGCCGCAGGGGACGCCUCUGCCUCCCCAUCCCCAUGACAGUCUCGCCCGAGCCUGCCAGUCAGGCGGGCGAGCCUCGGCCUCCCGGGAGCGCCCAGACGGUGGCCGUCAACAUCGUCGACACGCCGGCCAACGCCGGCCGCCGCUUCCAGCUCGGCGUCAGCGAAUGCGUCGAGACCAAGACCGUCACCACCACGACACGGCUGACGAGAAAGUUUCCCCACGUCUUCGUCCGCAACCCCACGCCGCUCGCGAGCCUCGACAGCAAGGAGUAUCCGCUCGCGACGAAACCGACCCCCCCCGAGCUGCUGCAGUUUCAGUACAGCGUUGCCGGCCACGACCUGGACGACCACGCCGACGUCGCCGACGCCGCCGCCCUAAAGCGUCGGCCGACGACGAGCCUCGUGAGCAGGGCCUCGUCCCCGCCUCGAUGUGGCAGCCUCCCGCUGACGCCUCGUCCCCCGCAGAUGAAGCAGGCAUGCACCGAUGGCGCGACGCUGACGCCGGUGAAGAAGGAAGACCUCGCCCGGGAGACGCCUCCGUCGGCCUCGACCAGACCGUGCCGUCAGCCCGUCUCCUCGCCGUCCGAUCUGUACGCCCGACGCACGCGGCAGACGCGCGCCAGCCUUGCCGCAUCCCCGACGACGGCGACAAAGGCCGCUCCCGCGCCCCCACCGACACUCCCUCCCUUCUUCCGACCCUCGCACCGCAUCGCUCGAUCCUCCCACCUGCAGGCCGUGUCCGACAAGCUUCGCCGCUCCCUCACCCAGGCCGGCCCCUCGAGCAAGGGGGACCGCACCGGCGGUGGCACCAGCAAUGGCACCGGCGAAGGCAUCGCCUCGAACGACCAAGCCGGAGCCGGUGCCCAUGACGACCCGACCAGGGGAGCCUCUGGCUUCCCGGCCACGCCCGACGCCUCGGAGCUGAUGGCCUCCUUCCUCGACCGGCCGCCUCCGCACCUCCCGCACCAGCUCGAGCCGGAUCCGUUCCAGAACUCGCCGCCCGAGUCGGCGCCGAGCAUGUCCCUCCCCGAAGCCUGCGACGCCCAGAGUCCCGUCGGCAACGUCGCGACGCCGCCCAUCACCGACGCCGACGUCGAGCCCUUCGCCGACGCCGACGAAACGCUACCGCCGCCGCCGCCGGCCCAGCAGCCGCCGGCCAUCGACGUCGCCGCGGCCCAGGACGGCAGCCUUCCUAGUCCGAGGCUGUCACCAACCCUCGCCGCCUCGCAGCCGGCCCUGGCGGCGCCCGACGAGGAUGCCGCCGACGAGCUGCCGACGUCGGUCGAGCACCGCUCCUGGAUGGACCCGGCGAGGCUCAAGCGAGAGUUGGACUCGAUGCCGAUGACGUCCCGCCACGAGUUUGACGCGAGGCGGCUGAUGAGGCACCCCGGCCGGUCCGACGCCCCCGUCAUCCUCGACACGCAGACGCUGCUCGAGUCCUUCGACUCGAUGAAGAACGAGAUGAAGACGUUCAUCAUGUACCAGUUCCUUCGCCGCUGCAACCGAUCCACCCUCCGCGUCAUCGCCGACACGGUCAACCCCGCGCUCAAGUGCGACUUCCUCCGCCGCCUCCCCGUCGAGCUCGGCUUCCACAUGCUGUCCUACCUCGGCUGCCAAGACCUCUGCCGCGCCGCCCAGGUGUCCAAGCAAUGGCGGCACAUCAUCGACGGCAACGAGACGGGGUGGAAGGAGCUCUUCGACCGCGACGGCUUCGUCCUCCCCCCCGGCGAGCUCGGCAAGGCCAUCGUCCAGGGCUGGGGCUGGCAGGACCCCGAGGGGGCCGCCGGCUACGAGCGAGACCUGAGCAUGAACGACCGGCUGAAGUCGUCCGACUUUGAGCUCACGCGCAUCCUCCGCAGCGGCGUGCCCAAGUCGAGGGCGACGAAGCGCAAGCGCGCCCUCAACAGCUACUCGGCCUCGGAACGAUCGAAGCGACGGCUCGCCGCCCAGGACGCGACGCCGUCGAGGCUCGUCGCCGCCGAGGCCGAGGUGAGGCAGCACAAGUCGGAGGGUCCGCUCUCGGCCGCGAGCGCCGCCGCGAGCGCCGUGCCCGACCCCCAGCUCGGCCUGCCGAGCCUUCGGCAGAUGCACCUCUACAAGUCCCUCUACCGCCGACACUACAUGAUCCGCCGCAGCUGGACCAGCGGCGACGUCAAGCCCGCCCACGUCGCCUUCGCCGCCCACCCGCGGCACGUCAUCACCUGCCUGCAGUUCGACGACGACAAGAUCAUCACGGGCAGCGACGACACCCUCAUCCACAUCUACGACACCAAGACGGGCAAGCUGCGGACGAAGCUCGAGGGCCACGAGGGCGGCGUCUGGGCGCUGCAGUACGAGGGCGACAUCCUCGUCUCGGGCUCGACGGACCGCUCCGUGCGCGUCUGGGACAUCAGCCGAGGCCUCUGCCAGCAGGUCUUCUACGGUCACACUAGCACUGUCCGUUGCCUGCAGAUCCUCAUGCCGACGGAGACGGGCCGCGACGCCACGGGCCGCCGCGUCAUGCAGCCCGAGAAGCCGCUCAUCAUCACGGGCUCCCGCGACAGCCAGCUGCGCGUCUGGCGCCUGCCCGAGGUCGGAUCCCGGCGGUACAUCCAGACGCACCCGCCCGCGCACGAGUCGGACUGCCCCUACUUCAUCCGCGUCCUCACGGGGCACACGCACUCGGUCCGCGCCAUCUCGGCGCACGGCGACACCCUCGUCAGCGGCUCGUACGACGGCACCGUCCGCGUCUGGCGCAUCAACACGGGCGACCCGCUCCACGUCCUCCGCGGACACUCCCAGAAGGUGUACUCGGUCGUGCUCGACCACGCGCGGAACCGGUGCAUCUCGGGCUCCAUGGACUCGCUCGUCAAGAUCUGGGAUCUCGCCACGGGCGCCUGCCUCCACACCCUCGAGGGGCACACCCUCCUCGUCGGCCUCCUCGACCUGCGGGACGAGAGGCUCGUCUCGGCCGCCGCCGACUCGACGCUGCGCAUCUGGGAUCCCGAGACGGGCCGGUGCCGGAACACGCUGAUGGCGCACACGGGCGCCAUCACCUGCUUCCAGCACGACGGCCAGAAGGUGGUGAGCGGCAGCGAGAAGACGGUCAAGAUGUGGGACGUGCGCAACGGCGAGUGCGUCCAGGACCUCCUGACGGACCUUAGCGGCGUCUGGCAGGUCAAGUUUGACGGCCGCCGCUGCGUCGCCGCCGUCCAGCGCGACCAGCUGACCUACGUCGAGAUUCUCGACUUUGGCGCCGUACGAGACGGCCAACCGGCGCAAAACUUGGGCAAACGCGUCCUCCUCAACGAGCACGAGGUGCGAGACAUCACCGACGAAGGCGCCGCGUGA